GGCUGGGCUGGCCCCCCAAGCGAGGAGACACAAAAGGCCAAUUUUCGCAAGUGCCUUCAAAAAGAGUGCGUGCCGCAGGUACAAGAUGCCUUGCAGCGUCGCUCCGUGGCCGAGAUGGGCACCAAGUUUGGCAUGGUGACGGCUGGGCGCGCUGAAACCCGACUAGAUCCAAGUCGAUCGGAAGCGGCAAAGUUGGCUGCCCGUGCUGAAGAAGGCUUGCUUGCCUGCGAACACCAAUGUGCCAAAAGGACCACAUGUCAGCCCACGCUAGAUUAG